GCGACAGAGACGGAGAGCUCGAACGACAUGACAGAAGAAAAUAAUAAUACGGCAGAAACACUUACCGGCCAAACAGAGCACAGCAGUAUCAUCACUAUCCAAACCACUCUCGGAGACGAAGAUGAAGAUAUUCACAAAUGUGGGAGAUGUGGAGAAGAGUUUUCUGCUUUGGAAAUCUUCAUUCAGCACAAGCUCAGUCGAAGCUGUAGACGACCCUCACCAGACCUACAGGUAAAGCUCAGUGGUGAUGGACAGUCCUCAGAUGAUGCAGAGAAAUCCAAAUCAGAUGAGGGAAAUGGUAGGUCUACCACCACAGACAGGAAGAGAGGUUCUGCAGCAAAAGACCAUGGAGAGUCUGAAGAUGGAGAGGCUCAGAGUUUGGAUCCUACUAAUCUGGUUUUGAAGCUCACCGCAGAGGGGCGCUACAUUUGUCACAUAUGUGAGAAGACAUUUAAAACGACGAAUAUCCUGAGGACCCACUUGUUCACCCAUACAGACAGGAAGGACUUUAAGUGUGAUAUGUGUGGGACUGCAUUCAGAACCAAAGGCUCCCUGAUUCGCCACAAACGGCGGCACACAGAUGAGCGGCCCUACCGAUGCAAUCAGUGUGGCCUAUCAUUCAGAGAAUCUGGGGCGUUGACCAGGCACCUCAAGUCCCUCACGCCCUGCACAGAGAAGAUCCGUUACAGCCAGUGCAAAGAGAUCCUCGUCAGCAAAGAUGGCAUUCGCACCGAAGUGCAGCAGCCACCUGUGCUCCCUCUGAAAGGGCAGCAGUUGCCUGUGGUCAGCGUGGUGGAGGCUGCACAAGACAGCAUUCACAUACAGGUGAUGGAAGACCUCGGACAGGUUCAUCAGGUGGUAUCACAGCAUCAAGCGGAAACUGUGGUAGAGGGAGACAGCCUAAUUUGCCAGGCCAUCAUCAACUCGGGUAUCGCCCUGGAGACUGAGGCUACAGAGACGACCGAACAGGCAGAGGCUGGGUCCUCUAAAGGGGUCCUGCCAAGCCCUGAGGCCGAGAGCAGACUGGCAGAGAUCCAGGUGACUGAGGAGUGUGUGGAAGUAGAAGAGGAGACUGUGGACUCCUCAGAUAAAGACAUAGAAGCUUUUCCAUCCCGAUCUCACAAAUGUCCUCAGUGUGAUCGACCAUUCAGGACGUUGUCCCACCUGCGUGUCCACAUCAAAGGCCAUGUUGGCUACAAACCAUUUAAAUGUCCAGCCUGUCAGAAAGAGUUCCUGACUGGUUACAUGCUAAAGAAGCACAUGGAGGUGCACGUGAGUGAGCGCCGCUACAAGUGCGGUGAGUGUGGCAAGCUAUUCAAGGCCAUCGGGCACGUGCGCGAGCACAUGCGAGCACACUCCAACGAGCGGCCACACCGCUGCGGCCUUUGCGACAAGAGCUACAAGACCAAGAAUGCACUUCAGGUCCACUUGCGCACGCAUGGUGAGGAGAAGCCCUACGUGUGCCCUCACUGCUCUCGGGGUUUUCGGGAGAAAGGUGCUCUGGUGCGCCACAUUCGCCACCACACUGGCGAGAAGCCCUUCAAAUGCUCCAAAUGUGGGCGGGGCUUUGCCGAGCAUGGCACCCUCAACCGGCACUUGCGCUCUAAAGGGGGCUGCUUUGCGGUCCAGCAGAAGGAGUCCGAGCAGGCGGCACUAAGCUCUGAAGAGCAGCAGGACAGCGUAGCAGCCACCAUCAUCUCUGAGGAUCCACAUGCUGUGCUGGUGGAGUUCUCUUCUGUGGUGGCCGAUACUCAGGAGUACAUUAUAGGAGCAUCGGCUGAGGAAACAGCCCAAGGGGAGGAGGAGGUGUCCAUUAUUCAGGACAAUCAUGACCAGAUGGACAGCCAUAUUAUGAAGGUGGUGCAGCAGAUUGUGAACCAUUCACGUGGCCACCAGAUCAUUGUGCGUGACGUGGGUGCCAAUGAGAGCCCAGGCGUCUCUGACUGUGGAGACACCAUCACCAUCGCCACGCCAGAGAGCCUCACCGAGCAGGUGGCUAUGACUCUGGCCAAUGCCAUCAGUGAUGGUACCAUCCUCACCACCUCCGCCACGGAAGACAUCAGUGAAAUGCCGCAUGCCGCCGUCACCAUGGUCACAGCCGAAGAUGUGGAACUGAUGGAGCAAGAACCACAGUACGUCAUAGCAGCGUCGGAUGAGAUGGAGAUUCAGACGGUGGUGGUUGUCUGAUGCGAAGGACACUCAGGGAGUGAUGCACCCCGUUGGACUGUGGGAAAUGCAGUUCCAUGUGGAGCAGACUAAUGUUGCCUCUAGGCUUGAAUUUUAACUCUGUUAACUCUAGGACAUACAGCUGUGUGGUAGCAGUUUGUGCCCUCAAUAUGCCUUAUUGUCUUGAAUAUUUCAAAUGGUUUGCACUUAUGAAAAGGAAAACAAAUUACUUUUACUAUUGUCUUGUUCUAACAAUGGAUGAUUAGUAAGCUUUGCUUUUUGACUUCACAGUCUCAGAUUAGUUCAUGCUGGAGUCAUCAUCAUGGCUUUUGGAACACAUUAGCAGUUCAGACCUGAAAGCUAAGUUUGGAUGCAUAUAAAUUAAAAAAUACUGCCUCAAGACUUCAUUGUUACCAUGCAUGUAUUUUUUUUAUUUUUAUUUUUUUUUAAAUACAUUGUUUUCUAGUGUUU